AUGGCAAGCAGUCCUGGUACAGCGCCAGAAUCGGAGGGUACAACGCUUGGCCGCAAUUCCAUUGAUACGAGUCAGCCGAACACCAGGACAAACAGAAACCGGAUAUCUGGCGGCGGCGGCGGCUUCUUACUUGACUCUGUAUAUGCUACGAAUUCACGACAAGGCAGCUCUACCCAACGAUCGCAUGCGACGGAUAGCGAGAAACGCCGACAUGUCGACGAUGAUAUCAUAGUUCCGAAGAAGAGGGCGAUAUCUGACCGGGGAAAUCCUCAGUCAAGAAGGUCGCUGAGACAAUCUCCUUUGGCUGCGGUGACGAAUGUUUCUGCUUCUGAAGUUCAUGAUUCCAGUCACAACGAAUCUGCAGCUUCAAGACAUGCCUCUUCUCGCAGCUCAUAUGCGUCGAAUGUUGGAUUGGAUACAGAUCCCGUGCAGAUCGUCAACCUUGCACUGAAUUUGAGUGAAUUGAGGAGGAGGGCUACCAAUGCUGGGCGCGUGCCGUCGAGUCCUUUGCCAGGAAUUCCUCGGAAUCCAUCAAACAACCAGGGUUUAUUUCCAACUGCCGACAAUGCUUCUAGGGGGCUACGCCACUCCAGUUUGUACGCAGACAGUAGAUUUUCUCGAAAUACUGGCCCUCUAACGCCAUCAAUACCACAAGGAUUGAAUAAUCAUGGGGUUGCUGCAAUGCUGCCGAUUUCCGACUUACAAGAUAUGGAUAUUGCAUGUUCUCAAGCAACGUUGGUCAGGAUAGAAAAGGCAAAACAACAUUUUGAAUUAUUUUCAAAGUAUUUAGAGUUGUUAUCUUAUCUGCCUCCACUUCAGCAUUCACCAUACGGUAUACAAUCUACCGGCAGGGCGUAUAAUCCUCUUCAAUCAAUCCGAAACAGGAAAAUCCGCAUACGAGAGAAGAACUUCAGUGCUACCGAUGCAGAAGGAUGGCAAGAUGUAUCGAAAGUUGAAGAAUGGCUUGCAUCAGUGGAGGCGGCUCACAAGCAGAACAACAACGACCCGUAUCAAUGCAUAACACUUCCGCCUUUCCACGGUGAACAUGAAGGAGGCUUGGUGGAACAAGAGAAGUCGUGGCAGGCGACAUCUCCGCCGUCAAGCGUGCGAGUAAUGAAUCGUUCUGGUACUACAAAAAUGCAACGGCCGCGGCUAGAAUGGGCUAUAUCACCAGCAGAGUUGUUUGCGGACGCAGUCUGGGUGGAAAGCGGCUCUAACAAGUCCAAGAUAUAUGACAGGGAGGGUGACAAGCUGUAUCCCGAUUCUUCAAAGCUAAAGUUUGCCGGAUCCCGUUCGUUUGUUGAAGCACCAGAACCGGCUCAACAACGUGAAAUUAUACCAACAGAACAGGCUGUCACUUUACCGAGCUUCAUUACUACCAAACGUGAAGCACGGGCUAGGCAUGAGCGACAUCUAUCGAAAUUGUCCAAUGGACAGACCACACCUCGAGACCAUAUGGCUGAAGGCGGGUAUGCUCCCAGGUGGACACGGUCAAGUAGUUUAUCAGACGAAUCGAGCAGCGAUGACGUGUUUUCUCGAGGCAGAACGCGGCUUUUAAGCAGAAAGGCGAAAAUGAAAGCCGAAGCUGCCAUGCAAGCUGAGAAAUUGCAUAGAGUACUCCAUGGACAUUCAGACUCAUCCAAUGCGGGACUCAAGCGAUCUAAACCUACAUCUCACCCAUCUUCAGUCAAGGCCGGCGACGUUGACAAAACCCAGAUGCUGAUUUCACCAGCAGGUAGUUCCAUAGGCAAGGAGGAACGCCGCAUGUCUCUUGACGAAAUGGACAGUACUGCGCCAAACUCACCGGCUCACGGUCCUAUAUUUCCAAGCAUUACCACCAACUUGUCACCACCUUCUAGUCGUUCACCAUCGCCUCAGAAGAGGCUUCCACGUAUCAUGGAGACGUUACAUGAGAAAGCAAACUCUCGCCGUCACUUUCAUGCAGAAGGAGAAGGGUUUGAUGAAAGUCCUUCAGGUGAUUCACAACUACGCAAGAGACCAACAAUCGAUUCAAGUCCUAGGGAUAACCUCAGCCCUCGAGCACUUGAGCCCAGUCCUAUGCCGGAAACACCUCUCAGUCAUGAUGACAUGCUGCUUGAUGACUUUCGACGAAGUGAUACCCAUGGCUCGUUCAAGCCGUAUGGAAGCCACGAGUCGAGGCUCAAGGGUUUCUUGAAAAAUAGCCGGAUUGCCGAAAUUGUGGGAAGUGAGGUGUCUAAAGUCGGAGACAUGAUCCGCCGUAAAGACGGGAGUGGCCAUUCACGACAAUCGUCUUACGCAUCCAGUAUUAUUUCUGAUCCUCAUGAUUCAGACGAGGAACGAAGCGAGGGAGAAUCAACGCCUAGCAAGCGAACGUCACUACGUAGAGGAAGCACCUUCUCAGAUGAGGAGUCCGGUCUACCUUGGCGCAAGUCAAAUGGACGGACAAAGACGUUCUUGUCUAACCUGCCUUCAAUUGGUCCAUCUUUUCGAAACAACAACCAAGAUGAGUCUUAUUAUCAACAAUCAGAGAGCAGCCGCGUCAGUGACAUACACUUUGUAACGGCACACCCGGAUCUUGCGGUAUCAUCUGUAGACACCACACCCUACAGCGAACGGCGGAACAGCUACGGAUUCAUACCACCGUCUUCCAGCAGAGAUCUCAACUCAAAGCUACACAGACAUGAUGAAAUCACCAACGCCGCCCUCCCUGGAGUCGGGCGCUUAGUCCGACCUCCAGUCACCGGACUCGCAAACGCAGAAGUAUCCACAACAACGACCACAAACCACCACCAUCGCCCAACCUUAACCACAGGAAGCCACGGUUGGAGCCUAUCAGACCGCAGCAUCCCAACUUUGAACGACACAACCCUACUCCAAAAACGUGAAGUACUCCGCUGUCAAGCGUUGCUACUCACCUCGGGGGUGAAAGCAAGUGAAAUCUUCCAACGAUACGAAAAAUCUCGCGACCCUUCUAUCACUCCACCGCCCCAAUUCCUCAUCGAAUCUCUCGUGGACCCCAAAGCACCCAUCCCACACACCCUCCCGCGAAUCGACGAAUUCAACUACGCAGCCCGCAACCUCCUCGAACGUCUCGAAACGACAAAAACGGGACUCAACAAAUCCAUGUACCUCUUCUCCAAAUCCACGCUUUUACCGCUAGAAAAAGAAAUCGACACCCUCGAAGACUUCAUCAACAAUCAUCUUACGCCGAGGGUACGUGCCGCAGCCCUCGAGGCGGAAUCGCUGAGUACCCAGCUCAAUACUACGAGUACACUGGAAAUCAAACAGCUCAGCGAGACUUUGGACAAGGGACUACGGAAACGCAAUCGUCGACUAAGAUCUAUUCGGCGAAUUGGUUUCUCGUUGCUAGAGUGGACGCUUGUGGGUGUGAUGUGGUGGCUCUGGUUGAUUGUGAUGGUGUUCAAAGUGAUUAGGGGUGUUGGGAAGGGCGUUGUUAAGGGCGUGAGGUGGAUACUGUGGUUGUAA